CUAACUGCAAGUUCGACUGAUUCAGUCAAGUGUAGGUGGCUAUACAAUCCGAACCCCCCGGUUUUCUAUUACUGUUAGGGGUACGAUCUGGGAUGGCAUAAAACCAUGUUUAAAUAAAUUAACAGUGUCUUGUUUAUUAAAAGGAAAAUAAGACUAAGGGAAGUAACAGAGGAAAUACGAGAGAUAGAGAAAAGAAAGGAAACUACUUUACGUGAUGGAACACAGAAAGAAGAGUGCCUCUGCUUUGUAUGUGGCCAAUAAAAGAAAGUCUUCAAAGCCAAAGCAAAAAGGCAAAGCACAAGCAACCUCGAAGGAUCGGGAAAAGGAAGAUAAAUCAGCUCAAGACAAACAUUCCAAGAACCUGUUUCAGGGUGGGAAUUCAGAAACACAGAAGGUACAGAAGAUAAAGAUAACUCUAGGAGGAAAGAAGGCUCGGGAGUUUCAGAGUAACUUUGUUCCAGAGGAAGCCCCUGCUGACUCAGGGAGUGACUGCUCCAGUUCCUCUUCAGAAGACAUAGUCAGUGGUGCCGAUGACAAUGCAGGAACCUUCAGGAAACCUGCUUGCUGGCUAGAAAUGAAGGGGGGCAAAAACAACACAGCAGGAAUUUCAACAAGGAAAAGAAGAAAAACUGAAGCACAAGAAAAUGAGGAUCGUUACCAGAACCCCACAAAGAAAAUCAAAUCUAUAGGAAAUAAGCGAAAGAAUCGAAAUGCAGCUGAGCGGCAAGACUUGAAAUCUAAAGGUCUGUGUUUGAAGAAAGAUCCUCCCCUUUAUCAAACAGGAAGUCAAGAGGAGAGAUGGCACCUGCAAAUUCUCGAUAAAGGAAGGGUAUCCUGCCCUACAUGUAAAGCAGUUGUAAGGAAAACAGUGGAAGGACUGAAAAAACACAUUGCAAAGUGCAAAGUGGAUCCUUUUGCAUGCCAGCAUUGUGGAAAACAGCUGAAGUCUUUGACUGGAAUGAAGUACCAUAUUAUGGCAGACCACAAUGACCUGCCAACUUUAGAAGAUGCAAACAGGUUGGACAAUCAGGCAAUUAAAGACAAACUCAGAAAGGUGCUGAAAAGAAUGGGCAAAUUAAAAUGUACGAACGAGAGUUGUACAGCUAGCUUCACCAGUAUCAUGGGUUUCCUGUACCACAUGAAGAAAUGUGGUAAAGAAGCAUCAGAGCUGGAGAAACUGGUCCUGAACUGUCAGCACUGUGGAAAAACUUACAAGUCUAAGGCAGGAUUGGAUUAUCAUCUGAAGUCAGAGCAUGCCCCUGAGCCACUGAGCAGCGAGGAGGAGGAUUUGAAGAAACCGGGGGAGACUACUCAGGAGAGGACGGCCAGCGGCAGAGUGAAGAGGAGGUCGGCCCAGGUGGCUGUGUACCACCUUCAGGAGAUUGCCACUGAGGAGCUGUCCAAGGAGUGGCCCAAGCGGAAGGUGCAGCAGGACCUGGUGCCUGAUGACAGGAAGCUAAAGUAUGCAAGACCUGGGUUACCCGCUUUCAGUCAAGAAGUGCUGCGGAAAUGGAAAAGUGAAGUCAAGAUCCACAGGAAAGUGCACUGCCCAAAUCAGGGUUGUGACUCUGUCUACACCAGCGUAUCUGGUUUGAAGGCUCACCUUUGCCUUUGUUCUAGGGGUGAUUUUGAAGCUGGGAAAUACAAGUGCCUAAUAUGUGAUAAAGAAUUCAACUCAGAGAGUGGAGUGAAGUACCAUAUCAACUCUAUUCAUGCUCAAGACUGGUUUGUUGUGAGCGCUAAAACGGCAAAAAGCUUUGAAAGGCUAAUAAAGACCAAACAGAUGGAGGAUCACAGGAAGAGCUUGCCAAAGAAAAAACAGGCGCUGAAGCCAACCAGGAUUCGCAAAAGGCAGUUGGAAAAGAAGGCAGUCAUGAGCUCCUCUACUAGCUUGAAUAAGCGUUAUAGCAACACAGAGAAAAAAAAGGACUGCUAUGAUUUCAGUGGCAGCGACACCCAGAGCAGCAGUGACAGCAAUGCUGAAGAAGAGGAAAAGUAGGACCAGUAAUAGGCUAACAAGCUUGACAGGUGGACCCAUAAGUCUGAAUCUGGCCACCAAACUAAACUCUUAGGUAUUACGUUCCUUAGCAACGGUUGACCAUGGUGAAGUCAAACCCAUAAAUUAUGAUGAGCUGUAAAUCCGGUCCCUGCUCCUGAUUUAAAGCAACUAUAAAAAUAAAAAAAAGAUUGUUUUGAUGAAAAAGUAUAUACUCCAUAACAUCUUAUGUAAACUAUGUCAGGUCUAACACAAGAACCUACAGAACAGUUGAUAUAUUGCCCCUAUCAAUUAUUAUUUUAAGGCUCUUUUCUUUUUCAUGAAACUAACACAUAGUUCCGUAUCAAUUACGAAAUGUAACCAUUACUGUAUGGGUAUUUACCUCGUGAAGACCCUGAACCUGAAAAUAAAAUUAUACCGAAGCUGCGCUACAGCAUCUCUGACGCAGUCAUGCCUGUCCCCGAGGGCAAAAGAAGACUGCUUUCACAGAUACUUGCAUCAGUUUUCCUUCAAGCAUGCUGCAAUCAUUGACACAGCGACCUUGAAGGCUAAUGGUUAGAUUUCGAUUUCAGGGAUCCAGGGUUAUGAUAAUAACCUAACGUUUCCUAUCAAGUACGAAAUGUAACCAUAACCGUAUGUGUAAGUGUACCCAAGCUGUCGCAAUGCAAUAUUGCAUAACGGCUGGAAUGCUACCUUGAGCGAUACCAUAUGGAACCCCAGUAACAAGUAGCAGGGGCUAAAAAAUUGAUAUGGAAACUCACCUCUAAUUAUGAUGUAAGGGUUGACCCUGAAGCCACCCUCAAUAAUCAAGUUCCAAAACCAGGGUUUUGUGGAUCCAUGACAUUUAGUUGAUGAAACCUUGAAAAGAUACAGGGAGUAGCCCACAUCACUGCAUUGCAAACGACAGAUGCACCCUGGAGCAAAGCCCAUGAAGGCUGGAGCAAAGCCCCCGUAGCGCAGCUUCGGUAUAAUUUUAUUCAGGUUUGGGGUCUUCCUAAGGUAAGUGCCCAUACUCUAGUGGUUACAUUUCUCUUUAAGGGAACCAGGGUUAUGAUGAUAACGUUUUACAGCUUUUGAAAGAUCUGAGGUGUACAAUGUAAAACUGUUCCUAUUUUAGGUAUAAGGUACACUGAAGUUGUGUGUUUAGUAUUAGAAAAUAGUACUUCUGAGCUGUUUUUUAUUGGAUUUGUGACAUUGUACUGCACGCAGUCACAUCUUCUAGACACCGAUUGUUAGCAAUUAGAAUAUGACCUGCAGUGCUUUGAAGUGCGAUAGUGUGGUUGGUUGUUCGUUCUGCUUGGUUUUAAAUUACAUUUUUCAAAGUCAUGUAUGCUUCAUGCCAAUCCAGUACAUUUUCUGAUAACCAGAAAAAAACGGGAAAUUGAAUCCCCUUUUUAGCUCUAGAAUGCUUUUAUCUUUUCUCUUAUACUGCACCAUGUAAAAGGUGAGAAAUGUAUUGUACCUGCGUACGGUAUCUUAUAUUGUGACAGGAAUGCAUAAACUAUGUUGUAUGUCUGUAAGAUGCAUCUUGCCUGAUUACACUUUCAUCAUUCAGUACAUAAAAUAUACAUAAUUUUAAUUAAACACAUAGUAUAUGUUCUACUUUGUUUAAAAGCAUACAAAACUUACUACAUUUACUUAGACAGCUUAAAGGGUACAUACGGACAUUUUUAUUUUAUUGUGUUACAUGUUUCCAUGUGUUGCUACAACUCUUUGCGUAAGGUGU